AUGCAACCUCGCCGCAUCCUCUCGAGCGCCUCAAACGCUUCGCGGCAACUGGCACCGCCUCUCUGCGCACAGCUCAACCCGGCUCUAGCUGGACCGGGCCCCUCGCGCUUCCCCGGCUGUCUCGAGAGCCCUGCAUCGGGUCGCUCUGUUGCAGGCCCGCCUCUUGCGGCGUCGCCUGUGGCACCUUCGUCGGCGCGGUCUCCGUCCUUGCAGGCUCGAACUGCGCGGCACCUCGACUUCCUUUAUCCUCCAAGCAUCUCUCGCCGGCCAGCAUCCUGCGGCACUGCACUUUCAAGCAAUCUCGAUGGCCGCCGCGCUGUCUCCCAGAUCCGCCAGCACUCGAGCCUCUCGUUCUACGAUGCUUCCUUUCCACCCACGCACCGGUCACAAUCCGCUGCCAGAUCCGAUUCGACCGCCUCCGAUCAGCCUGCGAAUCAGGAACAGCAGCAGGAGCAGCAGCCGAACGAUGUAUCCCGACUCACGGAUGAGACGCGAACAGCGAGCCCCAAGCGCCGAACAGGAAAGAAGAAGAGCAGCGCCGAUUCCGCUCAGCUCGUGGCGCACGCAGGGCUCGACUCAUCAUUGUCAGGACACAAGACCGGCGUCAAGGUCGAUCUUCGACCGAGCGAGGCCGCUGAAUUGCAGCAGAGCGGUUCCAGCGAUUCAAUGACGGAGGAGAGGCUGCUUCCGGACGUGCAAGCAGCUAUGCUGGCCGGCGACUCAUCGACAGCUGCCAAGCUCCUCUCGGCAUCUUUGAUACGGAUAGGAUGGACACCGGCGUCCGACAUCAAAGGGCGACAAAAUGGGGAAAAUCAGAGGCCAGGAUCGGGACAGGUUGCACAGCCCACCAAGCCAUCUGCGACCAUGGAUGUCCGCGCGGUCGAGGCAAUCGCCUCGCUUUGCGAGCGGCUCAUGGUCCAGCUCACGGCGCGCGGAGUCGAUCGUCGACCUCGGCCUGCGCCAGGAUCCCCCAACGAAGCACAUAGGGAGUCGGCAUUGCAUCUCUGGGAGGUGUUGCGGCAUUUUCGAGUGCCUCGCACCUCCGCCAGCCAGCUGGCGCUCAUACAAUGGCUGCUCCGGGACCGGCAGCGCCUCAAAGCAGCACGCGUAUACGCCACCGAGCUGCGCGCCUGGUGGAACGUCUACGAGACUUCGGCGGCCGCAGGACACCGUCGACCAUCGCAAGCAGACCCCAUGUCGGUCGCGCUCGAGCGCAGCAGGCCGAGCGGGGCUUUGCUUCACGCCAUCCAGCGGGACCUUGCCCGCCUCGAGGCGGUGUUGGCUUCGCCCGCUGCUCCUGGACCCCAGAUCAGCGGCCGGCCUGUCUCGAUCGAGUACGGGGAGGCGCUGCUGUCGCUGUGCCAGCUCCUCGUGAGCCCACCCAUGACGAUGCUUCCUCCCGACAACAGCGCCGAGAUCGCUUGGAUCAUCUCGGCUGCCUGUCGCUAUGAUAGGGCCUCGCAACACUUGAAGCCGAAGGCGGGCUCGGCAGCAGACAGUGCAGCAGCCGAGUCCGUGGCACGCAAGAAGAUCGGCAAAGCGAUACGCGGCUGCAUGCGAUCCUUCAUCCGUCAGCUCGCCUCUGAAGACUUUGACGGCGUCAAGGGCCAGCCGAGACCACCGAAAAGGAACACCGUGGCAGGACGAGCACCGCCAAAACUAUCGAUGUCAUCGUACAACCAGCUCCUCUUCUACUGCCUCAAGGUGCUGCGCUCGACCGAGCUCUGCCACGUCGUCUUUGCCCACCUGAUGGCGUCCCGCGACAGAGACGGCCUUGAACCAGACCACGUCACGAUCAACACGAUGCUGCGACAGGCCACCAUCAACCGGCUCCAUGGCCUCGCCAAUUCCAUCCUCGCCGUUUCGGCCCGACAGGCCCGAGGUGCCGCGCAAGCUCCGCCUGCCGCUCCUCAGGCACCUCGGGUGGCCAGCCAUGGCACUCCUCCCGACGGUGUGGCUGCCCCUGCCGUACCCUCCUCACCUCGAUCAGCGGCUCCGGCAUCCAGCACGUCUUCGAGCCGCCGGGCCGAGAAUCAGACGAUGCUCAGCAGCAUCGAUGACGCAAUUAGGAGGGCCGACUCCUACCGCCUUCACGCGCUGAUCUCUCUGGUGGCCUCGUCUGGGUCGUUCCUGCGCCGUCACCGCGGCCAGCCUUCCUACAUCAGCAUCCGCGAUCUAGUCGCGCGCGUCUAUCCCAGGCUCGUCGAGCGGUCGCGCAAGAGCCCCAAGCCGCCACCAGCAGCCAACGCCGGCGCGACAGACACCAAGCAACCUCAGGCCCAUGCGGACUGGGACGCGGCAUCGCUGCGACCUCGAAUUGGCAGGCAGAGCCGUUUUGCGAUCUACGAGCCUCAUGUGCUCACCGCCGUGCUCAACCUCGUAGCCAAGGCGGGCAAGACGGGUCUGGCGUUGCGCAUCUGGCGCAUGAUCCGGCACUUUAGCCGCCAGAGCCAGGUGACACGGCGCCAAGUGUCGGAAAAGCCCUGGAUGGUGCCGACCGAGGCGGCCACGAUCCUCUUCCAGACCCUCGCCGCCGAGGGCCGCAAGUCGAUGAAGGUCUUUGUCCCCCGUGGCCGUGCGCGCAGCUUUCAGCGGCGCCGACCGCCGCGCUACUUCGGCGCCAGCCCAGGAAGCCGCCAGAUCUAUGCCGUCGGGUGGGCGCUCGACUCGAGCAUCCCGCAGGCUGGUCGAGGCGCCGGAUCCAUGCUCCGCUGUCAGGCCGCCCGGCUCGUGGCGAUGCACGAGUACUGGCGCCUGCUCGAGAGGUGGAACCUGGCCGCACCUCUCGCCAAGGCCACCGCAGCGCAGAAGUGCCCCGGUCCCGUCGUUCUACCCUCGGACGGCUCGGUGCGGGUCCCCGACUCGCGCUUCUACGAUGCGCUCCUCGACCUCUUUGGCCGGCGGGCUGGCAUGCGCGGCCGCACGCCGACGUAUCGAUCGCGAUCCGACUGGAUCCAUCGAACGCGAAAGGCCAAGGCGGAGAGGGACGGGAAGAGACAGGCGCUCCGGGCCACCGUUGCGACGGAAACUCGUGCCGAUGUCGCUGUCGCCGCAAGCGGUGCCAAACCGGCGCCUUUGCAGCCCACGUCGACCUCUGCCGAUCUCGCCGCCACCGGCGUCGCGCCGUUCAGGCGGCUCAUGAAUUCGCGAGGACGGUGGACCGACCGACCGCCGAAAGCGUUCCUGCUGGUGCUGCUCAAGCACAUGCGGGCGCUGGGCAUCGAGAUCCCGCUGGCCUACCGCUGGCUGCUCGAAGAGGGAUGGCAGGCACCCCAGGGAACCGUCUACGACACAUCGCCGUCGACGGACGACGAGACGCCGCGUUGGGGCCGGUUCAGCGCGUUCCGCGGCCCACGGACCAAGACCGUCGGGCUGCCAGUGCAGUCGAGAUCAUCGGAGCGGAAAAAGUGA